GUGACAUGCAGCACACUGUGUCCAUUUGGUGUGAUAUCUCUUAGCCGGGGUGGGAACUAUGGGCUGACUGGAUCGGCACAGUAUCUUCUGUUCCGAUACAGUAUUGUAAGCAUAUUUGUCUACAAUGAAGUAAGCAAAGCUACUUUAAUGGGCCCCUUGAAUUUCCAGAGUGAUUUCCUGAGGCUCAUGCCCCAUGCGGGCAUCUCCUUUCCCAGCCCAGUUUUUCCCUGCCCGAGAGUCAAUAAAAACCCCAACACAGGGGUGCUUGCGGGGCUCAGUGGGUUAAGUGUUCAACUCUUGAUCUUGGCUCAGGUCCUGAUCUCAGGGUCAUCGGUUCAAGCCCUGUGUUGGGCUCCAUGCUGGGCAUGGAAUCUAUUUAAAACAGAAUCAACAUAGGAGCUUUUUGCUUUCAAUUUUCCAUCGCUGCAAGGGAAAGAGCAUGCAGUGUAGCCCCCUGAGCUGAUUUGUUCUUGCAGAGAUUCCCAGGAGUCGGUCAGAGUGCAGUGGCCUUGCAGACGAGAUACGGUCCGUGGGCCUCGCACUGCCAUCGGUAGCAAAGCAGCUUUCUUUUGGUCACGGAGAGCUGCCACGGCGGCUCCUCGGGUGCUUCCCGCAGCCCUGCAGAGGGUGGGGGGAAGGAGGCCACCUGCCCAUGUGGUCCCCACGUAGCACCGUCCCAUGUAAACCCUUACCAUGUACUAAGGAACUCUUGGGGGAACCGCCUUCUUUACCAGAGUGUUUCUCUGACAUCACCCGGGACACCAUUCAGGAUUAUCUGCUGUUCUCCAGUCACAGAAGUGGUUUCCAUAAACACCCAAUAGCAGGCUAGUGAUUGUCUCCACAGUGAUUUGUAUCAUACGCCGCAUUCGAGAAUUUUCUGGGCCAAGGGCUCAGCAAUUGCCCCUGGGUGUAACUUACAGGAUUUCGCCUUAAGCCCUCCGGUCAGGUUCACAGGGGCCAGGCUGGCCGAGGCUGUACAGACUUGGCCUCACCCCUCCUAACGUGUCACCAAUUAAAGGGCUCUUGUCCUUUGUCCAUUGGGUCUCCCACACAGUUCCCAGUUACCAACCAGUGUGGGCUCAGGCACUUGUUCAGGUCCUUUACUGCAGGGGGCGCUCCUCAUUUCUCUCAGCUGGGUAGGUCACCACCACCCACAAACCCCUCUCACACCUGGGCACACACAUGCAUGGGCACACUCACGCACGGACCCAGUCCGGGCCAGCAAUGUGCCCAGGCUCCAGCCUUCCUACUCCCCUCCCCGGCACCACCUGCAGCCAGAUUUACUGCCACGGGGAGCUCCUGCACCAAGUUCAGAUGGCCAAGCUCUACCAGGAUGACAAGCAAUUUGUGGACAUGCCGUUGAACUCGGCUCCAGACCAGGUUCUGCAGCGCUUCCGCGAGCUGGCCGCCACCCACAACCAGAGCAUCCCCCUAGAGCAGCUGCGGGCCUUCAUCCAGGAGCACUUCCAGGCCGGGGGGCAGGAGCUGCAGCCCUGGACUCCCGAGGACUGGAAAGACAGCCCCCAGUUCCUGCAGAAGAUCUCGGACCCCAAGCUGCGAGCCUGGGGAGGGAAGCUACACGAGCUCUGGAAGAGACUGGGAAAGAAGGUGAAGCCCGAGGUCCUCAGCCACCCGGAGCAGUUCUCUCUCAUCUACGCAGCACACCCCUUCAUCGUGCCUGGGGGGCGCUUCACCGAAUUCUACUACUGGGACUCCUACUGGGUGAUGGAAGGGCUGCUCCUCUCCGAGAUGCCCGGGACGGUGAAGGGCAUGCUGCAGAACUUCCUGGAGCUGGUGCGAAUCUACGGCCACGUCCCGAACGGGGCCCGCGUGUACUACCUGCAGCGGAGCCAGCCCCCGCUCCUGACCCUCAUGAUGGACCGCUACGUGAGCCACACCAACGACACGGCCUUCCUCCGGGACAGCAUCGGGACCCUGGCCUUGGAAUUGGACUUCUGGACGCAGAACAGGAUCGUCUCUGUGAGCUCGGGGGGGAAGAGCUACGUCCUGAAUCACUACGCCGUCCCUUAUGGGGGACCCAGGCCAGAGUCCUACAGCAAAGAUGCCGAGCUGGCAAACACGUUGCCGGAAGGGGACCGGGAGACCCUGUGGGCUGAGCUCAAGGCUGGAGCUGAGUCUGGCUGGGACUUCUCUUCACGGUGGCUCGUUGGAGGCCCAAACCCCAAAUUGCUCAGCAGCACCCGGACCAGCAAAUUCGUGCCUGUUGACCUCAAUGCCUUCCUGUGCCAGGCAGAGGAGCUGAUGAGCAACUUCUAUUCCAGCCUGGGGAACAGCGUCCAAGCCACAAAGUACAGAAAUCUGUGGCAACAGCGCUUGGCUGCCAUGAAGGCCAUCCUGUGGGAUGAGGAGAAAGGUGCCUGGUUUGACUAUGACCUUGAGAACAGAAAGAAGAACCUAGAGUUUUACCCAUCCAACCUCACUCCUCUCUGGUCUGGCUGUUUCUCUGACCCGAACGUCGUGGACAAGGUUCUGAAAUAUCUGGAGGACAGCCAGAUCUUGACCUACCAGUACGGGAUCCCGACCUCUCUCCAGAACACAGGCCAGCAGUGGGACUUCCCCAAUGCCUGGGCCCCCCUGCAGGACCUGGUCAUCAGAGGUCUGGCCAAGUCUCCCUCACCUCGGGCCCAGGAAGUGGCUUUCCAGCUGGCUCAGAACUGGGUCCGAACCAACUUUGAGGUCUACUCCAGGGACUCGGCCAUGUAUGAGAAGUAUGACAUCAGCAAUGGUGGUCAGCCAGGUGGUGGAGGGGAGUACGAGGUUCAGGAGGGCUUUGGCUGGACCAAUGGAGUGGUCCUGAUGCUCCUGGAGCGCUAUGGUGACCGGCUGAGCUCAGGCAGCCAGACAGUUUUCCUGCAGCCCCACUGCCUCACAGCUGCCCUUCUGCUCAGCCUCCUGCUUGGCCUCCUGCCAGUGAUGGGCCUCCUUGCCCCGUGGGCCUCAUUAAACUUCUGUGUGAGUACCUACCUUCUCCUGCCUCUUCAUCCUCCAUCCCCCAGCCAGUCCUGGGAGGGUCCCAGAAGUCAUGGGUUAGACCCGUGUCCCUCCUGGAACAUUAAUAAGGAGGAAAUCCUGUUCUGUGGGGACACAGCCCCAUACCCCAUGCAACCUGGCUUCCCAAACACGUACUCCAAAUGCUUUAUUGUUCUGUUGAGAUGCUUACAAAUACUGAAAGUCACCCAGCCUGGGGCCCAGCAGCCACAGCCCAGUGGUGGGCAGGGAGGUGGGCUUAGUGUUAAGGCGUGAAGGGCCAAAGCCAGGCAGCUGGUGGCCUGGUCCUCUGCUCUCCAUUUCUGUCACCCUUCUGAUGCUGAAGGGAGGGCAGCCACACCUCAGGAUCCUCUCCCUCUGCUGCCUCCUCUCCUGCUCAGGUUCUCCCUGGAGUGUCUGAGAAGCCCUCCAACCCUGUUAGAAACCCAGCCUGUACAGAACCCGUGUAGCCGCCGUUCCCAACAGCUCCCCUCCUCUUCCAGUCUCUGGAUGUAGGAGCUUCGUCCCUUCUGGCUCUAAGCAAGGCACGAGUGGAAGGGAGAGGGCUGGGCUGGGGGGCCACAGGCUGUGCAUCAGGGCCUGGAGACACAGGUGGAGGGCGAAGAGGGGGUGUCUGGUCCCUUCCCCCGCUCCCAGCGUGAGAUGCACAAGGUCCUGGGCUGGAGAGAUGGCAGGACGUACCCUCAGGUGGGCCCACAGUAGAAGCAUGGGCGGAGCCACAGAGCCCAGGCAAUGAGUAUGUAACCAUGGCGGUGAAGCAGUCACUAUGGAGAUCAGAGUUUGGGGUCUGCAAAAAGGGGGUGGGGCUGGGACCUCAAGGAUGACACCUGAGGUCUCUGGCCCUUGAACAAAGUAAUAAAAUGCAGGAGAGCAGGGUGGAGCGGGGUUUGACAAGUGCACCGCCUGAGCUGGUUCCCCACUCUGGAUGUGGCUCUCCUCAGCCCCCGAGGCCCCUGCAAAGGGGGGCUGAGGCAGGAGGGGAUCUUUGGCAGAUUCUGGUACCAUAAUUUAUCCUUUGCAAAAGAGAACACAGGCUGGGGAGCGCAGGGCCAGUCAGAGCUCAAGGCCCCCUCUGCACCGGCUCCUCAGCCCGGGCAGGCCUGGGCCAGGACCCCGAAGGGUUAUUGCAAAUUCUGAGUUCCCAGGAGCCUCCCCACUUUUUAUCCAUUGGCCGGUACGUUAGGGGCCUGAGCUCCUUACAGAAGAGCACGCAGUCUGGUACAGGAGCCCCAGCGGCGCUCCACCCUCCUAGGGCCCGGGGAGCGCUCCCGCGUGGCCUAGGGCCCAGGGUGCAGCUCUGUCUCCGGGGGCAGCAGGGGGGCUGGCCCCAGGGUCCGGGAGGCCCGCCGACCACAGUCAGUUCAUGAACUGAGUGUAGCCCUCCGCUCCCGUGACGAUGACGUCCAUCCAGAUGCGCAUGGCCUCUGCAGACGGGGCCACCAUGUAAUACAGCCGGUCGUGGGUCUUCACACAGAAGGUGAGGGCUGGGUUCGGGCUCUGCCCAGGGCGAGAGGAAGGGCUGAGACGGGGCUCACCUCUGACGCUCCAUCUGCCCUUUCCCUCCCCGUCUCCAGGGUGCCCCGGCGCUAGAGCCUGAGUCCCAGACAGGCCUCAAACCUGGUCCCCACCAGGGGGCCCCAGGCGGAGUGUUCCCCUCCUCACACCCAAGCCGUCCUGGGACCGUGGCAGGGCCAUAUCCCGCCCCGGGGGCCCUGUCGUGGGGCACCCCACCCCCCACCCCAGGCAAAAGAUUGAGUAUCAGAGAAUGAGACACAAAGGGUUAUUGCAGUGAGAACCAGAGUGUCCUCCGGUCACCAGAGGGGCAGAUGGAGAAAGCUGCCAGUGGGAUGCUGGGCCCAGGUCCCCAGAGGAGCAGAGGUCAGGGCUGCGGCGGCAGAGGCUUGGGGAGAGGCUGAUUUCAGGAGGGCAGAGGGCCCGGGCCUCAAACAUGUCCACUUUAUCAGUCCCCUCUGCCCAAGCCCAUCCCUGGAACCCCUUCCCCCCCUUCUUUGCCGUCCCUCUGCACUGCCCGCCUCCCCACAGGGGCUCCCGGCAGCCCCCGCUGCUCCUCCCUCAGGCCCAGGGAAGGAGGCUGGGUCAGGGGAGAGUAGAGGGUCAGGGACCAGGAGGGGACAGGAGGCAUGAAUGUACAGUAGUUCUGGUUACAGGUAGGUGGGGGGAGGGUACCUCAGUCACCACAGAAAAGCUGAAAAACCUCCUCUGGGAAGGGGAGAGGGAGAGAGGAAGAGAGACUUUACAAAGAGGCCAAGGAAUGGGUCCAGGACUCGAGAAGACAGGCUGGAGGCUGUUGUUCCCAGAAGCCCGCUGGGUGCGCCCCCCUUCGCCCCUCAGCCCACCUCACCUUGGCUGCACUGCGCAGGUGAUCGUAGUACACUUCCUCGAUGGCCUGGAAGUAGAUGACCCCCUUCAGCUUCGUCUCGUGCUUGUCUGCAGAGAAAACAGGGCCGGGCUGAGGAGGCCUGCCCUCCCGCCACUGCUGGAGCCUCCCUGUCUGGGAAAUGGGGUGAUUCUCCCAGGCUCCAAACAGAGCCCAACGUGGAGCCCUGAAGAGAGGGUCAGUGCCCAGCCUUGCCCAGAGUCAGAGAAGGCGAAUUAGAACUUCACUCCGAUACCACUUCUCACCGACCAAACAGCACACCGUGGGCAAGUCUGGGGGGAGGUGAUCUGACAGGGCACGGGGGCGUGUAUAUGGUGAACCCUGAGGGCGGAUGUGGCCGCGUCCACCCGAACGAGGAAGGCAUUUGCCCUUGGAGCCAAUGAUUACACUUAUGACCAACGUUUACCUCAGACAUAACAAAUUUACGUGGUUCUUCACCACAACAGUAUUUAUAGUCUGGAAACAAACCAUGCGUCCAUCAAGUAGAGCCUGGUUAAUAAAUUAGAGUUUAGCGCAUGAUGCGAUACUACACCUCUGUUCAACGAUACAGAAAUAUCUCACGGGGUGGGGUGAGAAAGAAAAGAAAACUACAUAGAUUCAGAAAUACACCUUCCAAAUGAAUCAGAUAUAUUUCCUAUAGAAAGACCUGACCUAUUAGCUGUACAAGGAGUGUUUCAUAUGCCAUUUUUUUUGUGUAAGUAAAGGGGUGAGUAAAGGGGUCUGCAUUUCUUUACGUUCUAAAGAAACUACAAGGAUACACAAGAGAUUAAUAAAAAUGGUUAUCUGUUGUGAGGAGGGGCAUAAUCCUCAA